GUAAUCAGCCGAUCGAAUUUUAAUUAUCAUUUUCUUUACAUGUGUGAAACGAACUUUGGUCGGAGAGUAAAAGUCAAGUAAUAACGUUUGUUUACCACUUGUGUGUAAUAAUUAAAUGGAUUAGCAAUGGAAGAGGCAGAUACAGCUGUUUCUAUUGAGUACUGCGAACUUCAGAAAACGAAAUCUGAUUCUGAUUCUGCCGAUGAUGUAACGAUAUUCAAGAAGGAACAGAAGAAAAGUCGUCUGAUAGAAAAGACCGUCCAUCUCCUGUCCAUUUUCAUAAUAAUAAGCUUGACACAUGGUGCAGUAUAUACACAAUGGCUAAUUCCAUAUAUUUACACAAUAGUCACACCAAUACUUCUGAUGAUCCGUGUGGUAAUGUAUUGGAAAUUGAAUUACCAGUAUUUCUUGCUAGAUUUCUGUUACUUUGCAAACAUUUUCGUCUUUGUGCAUAUUUGGAUACCUGAUAACGAGACUUUAUUCUUCAUCGUGUUUGGUCUAGCCAACGGACCAUUGAUUUGGGCCAUGUUUGUGUACAGGAAUGCUGUUGUUUUUCACAGUAUAGACAAAGUCACAUCAUCUUAUAUACAUUACCUUCCUCCAUUAGUGUCUUUUGUCGUGCGAUGGUAUCCAGAAUCCACAUCACAAUAUUGGAUGGCUGACUUUAAACCGUCGACCGAAGUUGACGUAAAUAUGGUAGUUGGGUUGACAGCGUUUCCAUUUAUCUGCUUUUUCAUUCACAGUAUUCUAUAUCAUAUCAUCGUCCAAAGAAUAUUGAAACCAACAGAUGAUUACAUUACGAGCUACAGUUACCUCAGUUUAAAAGAAGAUGCUUGUCUCACUAAACUUUUUCACUGUUGUGGUAAAAAACACAAAUGCAUUAUGUUUUAUGUGUUUAACUGGAUAUUUUGUUUGGUGUCAUUGACUGGUGUGAUGCUAUGGUAUAACUUCUACAUAGCUCAUUGUUUUCUAAUGGUAUUUCAAGCAUGCGCAAUCAUCUGGCAAGGAGCCAAUUAUUAUAUGCAUGUCUUUGCAGUUAAGGGAUUCGCUGAUGAAUAGAAAUUGGUCUCCAAAUUUCUGACAUUAUAUGUUUGUAUAUCUGUUUUAAGGCAUAAAUGCAUAAAAAAAAACUUAAAUAACCAACGCUUUAAUCAAACAUGAUAUAAUUCGAUCAAUACAGAGAAAGGUGUUUCGGUCAUAGUUCGAACUUUCCAUACAUAUUUUACCAAGCAAGUGUGGACACAGAUGAGUGUGGAUAGUAUGUCUGGAUGUUUGACAGUGUUUUAUAUGACAAAAGGAGUUUUAUGUUUUCCUAUAUGGUGUUAUUAAUUGCGUUAACUGAGACACUAAUUGCAUUAAUUACCAAAUGAUUAUGAUAGAAUAUGUUCCACAUCUUUGAUUUUGGAUACAUUUUGUAGUUAUUUUAUCAUGUAUUUUUUUCUUAAAUGGGAGAUGAUAUCUGAGAACAUGAAAUAAGGAGCCUGUAAUUCAGUGGUUCUCGUUUGUUUAUGAGUUACAUAUUUUUUUUUUUGUACAUAAAUAAGUUUGUUAGUUUUCUCGUUUGAAUUGUUUUCCAUUGUCAUUUCGGGGCCUUUUAUAGCUGACUAUGCGGUAUGGGUGUUGGUCAUUGUUGAAGGCCGUACGUUGACCUGUAGUAAUUUUUGUGUCAUUUUGGUCUCUUGUGGAGAAUUGUCUCAUUGGCAAUCAUACCACAUCUUUUUUAUAUGUAUUUGCUAACUACACGUAAAUGUAUUUGUAUGGUUCUAUUAUAUUACUUUGUGGCGGAUCGUUAACAUCAUUAGUAAAACCUUAUGCCAAAAUGUCGAAUUGUUUCUCAGAUUAUUUAUUGUUUGAUUAUGGAGUUAAGCUGCCUUACACGAGUACCCUAGAUUUGUGUUCUACCCAAUAAAUGCUGAAAUACGUGCCAUUGUUACUAUCUAGCUGGAUAUUAUGUUAUUUAUAACUAAUUGAAAAAAAAAUUCAUACUUUUAAUUCUGGCGGAUUACAAAAAAUAUGACAAGAAAAACCUUACAUGAUCAUCGAACCGACUACGAAGUUGCACAAAGGAAGGAGAGCACAUUAGGAAUCCUUAUGUAGUUUGUUAUCCCCUGAGCUUUUGGCUAAGAUGUCAUAGAACAAAUGUUUGAAAUAUUUAAUCGCCGAAAAUCUCUAUAAAGACAAGUAGUUUACAUUUUACCAACACAUAAACAGAAAUUACUUUUAUGACACAAAGUUCAUUAUAUCUCGUUGAAAUUUUACGAAAAAGCUCUUAUCUAUCAUAGGGGGAAAAGUAGUAUACAUUUUCCCAGAUGAUGUACUUGUAUUGUAUGUUAUCGCGAAAAUAUUUGUUGUGUAACAAAGUUUGUAAAUCGUUAUUUUCACAAAAUUAUUCGAAUAAUGUUAUUGAUAUAACGAUUUUUUUUUCAAAUCAUUACAACUACAUUUGAAAUGCUGAAAACAGACGUGAAGAUGUAUUGUACAGUAUUGUAUAAUAAUGUAUAUCAGUUUACUGAUAAAUACAGGUUUGAUAAAAGUUUAAUUUCCGUAUUUGUUCUUCAUCAUCUCUCCUUUCGUAUUCUGAACCUUGUACGUGUUUGUGACCUCUUCACUGUGUGGCGUCCCUAUCAUAUUUUCUAACGUUCGAUAAGGAAGGUUGCUCAAAAUUAUCAACAAUCCAGUUCCAUCACCAACAGCGAUAAAGCCUCAAUAGAGAAAUAGACGAACGAAUAUUGAUUUACGGUAUCGAUUAAGGAAAAAGACAAUACGAAGCGAAAAAGACUAAAUGUUGAUAGUAAUAGAAAAAGUGCCGCGUGGCAUCUCGUGCAAACAUUAAUGCGGUGGUUACUUCUUCUACCAAUGUAGCUGGAAUACAAACAGAACUGAGUGUAAUGCAUCCGUUUAAAAACCAAUUAAUCAUGCGGAGUUUCAACCCGACACAUAGGCCAAACCAGGACAGACGCCGUGUUGUGAGUCCCGGCGUCGAGAAUAAAUUAUCAGUGCACAGAAUUCCAAGAUGUCAUUAGAAAACUACCCCAGGCACUUGUUUCUAUCCAUGGGAAAGUCGACGGUGUCUGAGUAAAUAUUGCUUAAAUAAUUGUUUGCUCAUUGGCAAUCAUACCACAUCUCCUUAUUUUUUUUAUAUAUAAAACUCAACAUUUUUACUCUCAAAUUUGUACUUUUUUGCAUCUUUUUUGUUGUGACUUAUAAUAUGUAUAAAUUCCCAAUCUGUUUGCAAUUAUUCUGCCUUGUUUUCUUGCUUAAAAGUUCGUUGACUUUCUCUAUAUUUAACACACUGGGGUUUAUAACUGUGUAGUCUAAUAUCAUGUAGUCUUAUAAUAAAAAUUGGAUGGAGAGUUGUCUAAUUGGCACUCAUACCACAUCUCCUUAUUUGUAUGUAGUAGCAGCUACGAAUUAUGAUAAAUUAGCAUACUAGUAUAACAAUGAUAUCGUAACAUCCCUACACGCCGAGUCUAUGAUUUUGUUGCCGGAUUUUUUUCUGCUUUGUAUGAACUGAUGAGUUAACCCCUUAUCAUCUUAUUUUCAUGCCCCACCUACGAUAGUAGAGGGGCAUAUUAUGUUUUCUGGUCUGUACGUCCGUCUGUCCCACUUCAGGUUGAAGUUUUUGGUCAAGGCAGUUUUUGAUGAAGUUGAUGUCCAAUCAACUUCAAACUUAGAACACAUGUUUCCUAUGAUAUGAACUUUCUAAUUGUAAUGCAAAAUUAUAGUUAAUAUUCCAAUUUCACGGUCCAA